GUGGAAAAGUCUUUAUCCCUCGACACGUUCUCUCAGCAACACGAGAUCCAGACACCCUGUGCGUCCCAGCAAACAGACAAUGACAAUCUCGAAUCCCAUGCAACGACGGAAGCAUAUUCUUCCCCCACAGAUCCAACCCCGCAAACCCCGGACUGAAUCUCCAAUUCUGGAGAAGCAAUUGUUCGGUUGUUGAAUUGAGUUGGCCCUUGCUGGUCCAGCGGCACACUAGUUUUUGGAGACGUUUUACUGCUAGACUAGGGGGAAUAUGGGUCAACUUGACUUGUAUAAAUCUUUGCCCCCCACCGGUUUUGGGGAUUGUCUCUUCGACUCUCCAGUUCAUCCACAACCUUCUUUGCAACCUUAUCUCCCCACAGCUGCAACAAUUCUCAAGCAGUAAAGUUCAGGUUUGAACCUUGAGACGCCGCAAUCAUGGGCCUCUUGACUCUGCAAGAAGAUCGGCCUACGCCGAAGGCCGUCUACAACUGGCGCGUCUACACAUGCGCCGCCAUUGCAUCAAUGGCUGCUUGCACAAUUGGUUACGACUCUGCUUUCAUCGGCACGACACUUGCUCUGCCCUCAUUCGUGCAGGAGUUCAACUUUGAGAACUAUGAGCCUAAUGCGCUUGCCCUGGUCAAGCAGAACAUUGUCUCUGUGUACCAGGCCGGUGCCUUCUUUGGAUCUCUGUUCGCCUAUGUCAGCAGUUACUUCAUUGGCCGCCGAUAUUCUCUUAUCCUCUUCUCUCUUGUCUUUAUGGUCGGUGCUGGUAUGAUGCUGGGUGCCAAUGGUGCCCGGGGUCUCGGCCUUAUUAUCGGUGGACGCGUCUUGGCCGGUAUCGGUGUCGGUGGAUGCUCCAACAUGACACCCAUUUACAUCUCAGAAUUGGCUCCUCCCGCUGUACGAGGUCGUCUUGUCGGUCUUUACGAAGUCGGAUGGCAAGCCGGUGGUCUUGUUGGUUUCUGGAUCAACUACGGAAUCAACCAGCACCUCCCUUAUGCCCCUGGCCAGAACGAAAACGUCUGGCUGAUCCCCUUUGCUGUUCAGCUCAUCCCUGCCGGUCUUCUUCUUAUCGGUGCCGUCUUCAUUCCUGAGUCGCCUCGAUGGUUGUUCUCCAAGGGCAAGCGCGACAAGGCUAUCAAGAACCUUUGCUGGAUGCGAAACCUUGACCGAGAGGAUAUCUACAUCGUUGAGGAGAUUGGCUUUAUCGAUGCUGAGAUUGACCGAUUCAACAGCGCUGUUGGCGCUGGCUUCUGGAAGCCUUUUGCUGCUCUCAAGCAAGCCAAGGUUCGAUGGCGCUUCCUCCUCGGUGCUCUUCUCUUCGUCUUCCAAAACGGCUCCGGUAUCAACGCUAUCAACUACUACAGCCCCACUGUCUUCCGAAGUAUCGGCAUCACCGGUACCAACACUAGCUUCCUCACCACUGGUAUCUUUGGCGUUGUCAAGACGGCUAUUACCUUUGUCUGGAUUCUCGUUCUUAUCGAUCACGUCGGUCGCCGAAACCUUCUCAUGAUCGGUGCCGGCGGUGGUGCUUUCUGCAUGUACUUCAUUGGUGCUUACAUCAAGAUCGCCAACAACCAGGCCAAGAUCGAUGCUGGAGAGACCCCCACCCUCUCCUCUGGUGGCAUUGCAGCUAUCUUCUUCUUCUAUCUCUGGACCGCUUUCUACACACCAUCAUGGAACGGUACACCAUGGGUUCUCAACUCGGAGAUGUUCGACCAGACCACCCGCUCUCUCGGCCAGGCCAACGCCGCCGCCAACAACUGGUUCUGGAACUUUAUCAUCGCCCGUUUCACCGAGCAGAUGUUCAAUGCUUGGGGAUGGGGAGUGUACAUCUUCUUCGCCUCCCUCAUGGUCUUAUCCAUCUUCUUCGUCUUCUUCUGCAUUCCUGAGACCAAGGGUGUUCCUCUUGAGGCGAUGGACAAGCUGUUUGAGACUAAGCCUAUCUGGAGGGCUAACAAGAUUGUCAUGGAGGAAUUGAGACUCCAGGAUGAGGAGUUCCGUCAUAAUGCUGAUGGUGCUGAUCUGCGAGAGGAGAAGGCCAAUGCUGAGCAGAUUGAGGGCAAGGCUUAAAAGUCUAAUGAUGAUUUAGGUAUGAGGUUAAAUAUAAUUUAGAUUGGGUUAAUACAUCACUAUGAACAACAUCUUCGUCUUUGUUUU